GCCCCGUCCAUCUUUCGGGUGAGAAAACGUAUUAAACGGGCUAACGAGUGUUCCUGAUUCUUUGUCCGAAAUACUCGUCCCCGGCAGAGAACCCUGAAUCUUGCAUGGUUUAACGUCCUCAGCAUCCCCCAACUACUGCUCCUCCACGGGUCGGCGCCCCUCUCCACCUGAAACAGCCAGCGCCGCGUUAGCGGUUCGUGUGUCUGCCGCAGCACCGCGGCGGCCCUUCCCACAGUGCCCCGGGGCGCGCGCGGGCUCCUGGGAGUUGUGGUCCAGCGACGCGCGGCGUUGCUGGGGCUGCUACGGGCUCGGCGCCGGCUUUGUCUGUCUGCGGGCGCGCGCCGCUGCGGUGAGUGAGGCCGAGGCCGGGUGUCUGCGCCCGGGAGAGGGGGCUGUGUCGUGAGCCAGCUGCCCCGGCCAGGGUGUUUGAGCAGGCCAGGCAGGCCAUUCAGGCCGCAGUCGCCAGCUGCAGACAAGGGUACUCAAGACCAGCCCAUGGAAGAAUCCUACGAAGAGGUGGUGAUUAAAGUCAUACAGCAGGAGUGGACAUGUUUGGGUUUCCAACAGCUACCCUGCUGGACUGUCAUGGAAGAUAUGCGCAGAAUGUAGCAUUUUUCACAUAUUGGUGCAUCUUACAUGACUUCCCUCUCAUUUUACCAGAUGUGAUGACAGAAGCCCACAAGUAUGAUCAUUCAGAGGCUACAGGAUCCUCAAGCUGGGAUUUCCAGAGUUCUUUCAGAAGAGAGAAGCUGGAACAAAAGUCCCCAGAUUCUAAGACACUCCAGGAAGACUCACCUGGAGUGAGACAAAAGGUCUAUGAUUGCCAGGAAUGUGGGAAAUCUUUCCGGCAGAAAGGUAGCCUCACAUUGCAUGAGAGAAUCCACACUGGUCAGAAGCCCUUUGAGUGCACCCAGUGUGGGAAAAGCUUCAGGGCCAAAGGCAAUCUAGUUACCCAUCAGCGAAUCCACACGGGCGAGAAGCCCUACCAGUGCAAAGAGUGUGGGAAAAGCUUUAGUCAGCGAGGCAGCCUAGCUGUCCACGAGAGACUCCACACUGGACAGAAACCCUAUGAGUGUGCCAUUUGCCAGAGAAGCUUCAGGAAUCAAAGCAAUCUUGCUGUCCACCGGAGAGUCCACAGUGGUGAGAAGCCGUACAGGUGCGACCAAUGUGGGAAAGCCUUCAGUCAGAAAGGAAGCUUAAUUGUCCACAUCAGAGUUCACACAGGCCUGAAGCCCUACGCAUGUUCCCACUGCAGGAAGAGCUUCCACACCAGGGGGAAUUGCAUUCUGCAUGGAAAAGUCCACACAGGAGAGACACCCUAUCUCUGUGGCCAGUGUGGAAAGAGCUUCACUCAGAGAGGGAGCCUGGCUGUGCACCAGCGAAGCUGCUCACAGAGGCUUACUCUGUGAGCACUCUCCUCAAAGGGAGUUCUUAUGAAUUCAGAGUAGAAACCCUCUCUAAUCAAGAACUCUAUCCAACUCUGUAGGGUAAGUGGAAAUUCUUCUGGAAGGACCAGCACUUGAAAGGGCAAACUGACUUUUUCCCUUUCCCCCAAAUGAAUAUGAAAAAUAAAUGUCUUGUUUAUCAUUA